UGCUGCCAUCCAUGCAUCCAGUCCUGUCUGUGGUACCUGCUGGCUACAUAACUUAGCUAGCAGCCUUACCUAUCAGUCACUUCUAUUCAGGAAUAACAACAUGAACGAGAGACAAAAUGAUUUUAUUUGGUUUUCCGCUCGAUGUGCAGUUGCGUUUUAAGAAAAAGAUGGAGACCAUCCAUUUGCUUUUAGUAUUUUAGCUGUUAAGCGUUUUGCUGAGUCCAUUUUGCGUGUAACUGGAAGUGGAAAAGACAAAGAGAAAAGAGCUUUCCAAUAGCUAGAAUGGUUUGGGCCUAAAAAGAAGACAAGAGCAACAUGAACCGUGAGGACCGGAAUGUGCUCCGAAUGAAAGAAAGAGAAAGGAGAAAUCAAGAAAUCCAGCAGGGAGGAGGAGGAGAGGCCUUUCCAGCGAAUUCCCCUCUCUUUCCUGAACCCUACAAAGUGUCCAGCAAGGAAGAUAAACUGUCCAGCCGUAUUCAGAGCAUGCUGGGCAAUUACGACGAGAUGAAAGAGCCGAUUGGUGACACACUUCCAAAGCUUGGCGGUAAACCUUCUAACAGCUCGUCUUCCUCCGAGGAGAAAUCGGGCCCACCUUUGUUUGGCGGGGAUCAGCGUGGUGUGGGUAGCGGUGGCAGCAGCCAGAGCAGUAAGUGGACUCCCGUGGGCCCUGCAGCAGGUGGAUCUUCAUCCGGGUCCCAGAAACGCUCAGGACUCCAGGGCGGGCACGGCAGCCAGAGGGGCAACGGAGGCAGCAGUGGCAGCAGCAGUAGCCAAAGACACGGAGGGGAGGUGCGGGAAAAGAAGUCUAGUAAACACAGUGGAGGUUCAGAGCACUCAAAGUCACACACAUCGAGUCCGGCCAAGGGCUCGCUGAGUUCCUCCAGCAGCAACAGCCACUUGAGAAGCUCCUUGUCUGCCGAGCAGCAUCACAGCAAGGAGCGCUAUCGCUCCAAGUCCCCGCGAGACAAAGAGGCCAACUGGGACUCACCCUCACGGGUUCACACCUCCUUCCCCAGUGGACAGCACUCGAGUCAGACUUUUCCCCCAUCUCUCAUGUCCAAGAUCGGCUCCAUGCAGCAGAAGCCCACAGCGUAUGUGCGGCCUAUGGACGGCCAGGAAACGGCAGAAACAAAGAGCUCACAAGCAGAAAGCUACAGUGGACAGUCGCACAGCAGCACCAUGGGAGAGAUGAAGUCCAACAGCAAGGCCUCACUUUCCAAACUUAAGAUCCCCUCACAGCCUGUAGAGGGAUCCGGCGACGCCAACUGUGUCGAUGAGAUUCUUAAGGAAAUGACUCAGUCAUGGCCCCCGCCGCUGACAGCCAUCCACACCCCCUGCAAAACAGAGCCCUCCAAGUUUCCAUUCCCUACCAAGGACUCUCACCCUUUUCCAAGUGGAUACAAGCGAGGCAGUUCUUCCAAGAGCUCCAGCAGCCACCAGCCCAAAGCUUGCGAUGACCAGCCCACUAUGCUGGAAGAUGACCUGAAGCUAAGCAGCAGCGAGGACAGUGAUGGUGAACAGGACUCAGCCAAGAAUGCCUCAAGGAACACAUCAGCAAGCAAUAACAGUGAAGGAGCGGAGCAAUCGAGGGAUGACUCGAGCAGCCACAGCGGCUCAGAGAGCAGCUCGGGCUCCGACAGUGAGAGCGAAAGCAGCACGACAGACAGCGAAGCCAAUGAGCAGCCGCGGCCGGCCUCUCCUGAGCCCGAACAACCCAUGGCCAACAAGUGGCAGCUGGACAAUUGGUUCAAGAAGGCCAAGCAGUUCUCCCCAGCCUCUCCAGUGGACAAUAAUGUUCCAACCAAGUGCAAGAAAGAGGGCAGAGAUAACGGGUCAGGGCGCAGCUAUGGUAGCCAGGGAGGGGGAUCAAAAGACUCAACGGCACCCACCCCAAGCAGGGACUUACGGGCAGCGCAAAAGGGUGCAGAAGGUGGCCGUGGUCGCCAAAAAUCCCCCGCCCAGAGUGAUGGUGGCACAAAUCCGCGAAGAAGUGUGGGUAAAAAACAGCCUAAAAAGUCUGAGAAACCCCCAGUGGUGGAGGAACCUAAGGGAGGUCUGAGAGUGGAGAGUGAGCCGGCUCCCGAGAUACCACCUCAUCGGCCCAAAGCUGCUACUAAGGGUUCCCGCAAACCAAGCAUUAAAAAAGAACCUAAAUCCUCUCCAAGGCCCACCGUGCCGGCUGUCACGGCCACUGCAGAUAAACGCAAGGCCAAGGCACCCACCAAGACUUCCCAGAAGUCUCGUGAGUUUGUUGAUACAGACUCCUCAUCGUCAGACUCUGAGGGGAAUGACAGCAUUCCGUCCUCGUCACAGACACCCAAGUACACAGAGAGCAUCAGGACCCCCGUGUGUGUGUUUUCUCCAAUGGAAGACAAAGAGCUGUUGUCUCCACUCAGCGACCCUGAGGAGCGCUACCCCGCAAGGCAGCCUCAGCAGCAGGUUUUACUAGUAAAGAUAGAUCUCAGCCUGCUGUCUAGGAUCCCAGGGCGGCCCUACAAGGAGCCUGUAGAGAUAAAAGUGGAGAGGGACGACUCUCUAGACCAGGACAGCAAAGACUUCAGCAAGCAGACCACUGAGAAGAGCUCUAGUAAGGCCAAGAGGAAACACAAGAACGACGAAGAAGGCACAAAGCCAGAGAGCAAGCGAUGCAAGCUGGAGAAGUCCCUGUCUCAUCAUAAAAACAGCAGUAAAGAGUCUAAGAGAUCUUUGGAGAAGAAAGAAGAGCCAGUCCCCUCUCCUUCCAUGUCAGGCCUUCAGCGGACGCCCAAGGCAGAGCACCCAAGUCGGAAGAGGACAGUCAGCCAGUCCUCUACCUCUUUGUCCAGUGGGACAGGAAGUGGAAAGGAGGGAAGCCACAGCACCAAAGGCAACUCUACCUCCAAACACAGAAAAGGAGAGGAAAAGGGACGCAGCACACGAGAUGGCAAGGAGAAAUCCUCAAAGGGCUGUGAUAACCAGCUGGCUGUGCCUCCGCUCUCCACGGACGGCUCUAAGUCUCAGAGAUCCAAGCUGGUGUUUGAGGACAGGGUCCAUUCAGCAGAUCACUACUUACAAGAAGCCAAGAAACUUAAACACAAUGCUGAUGCACUGGUUUUGAGCAUGAUGUCCAAAAAAAACAAAAAACAAAACAUAAAUGCUUUUGUUACCGGGUCGCUGAAAGAUGAACAGUUGGAUCGUUUCGAGAAGGCCGUUUACUACCUGGACGCCGUGGUGUCUUUUAUUGAAUGUGGUAAUGCCCUGGAGAAGAGCGCCCAAGAGGCCAAGUCUCCAUUCCCCAUGUAUGCUGAAACGGUGGAGCUUAUUAAAUACACUAUGAAGUUAAAAAGCUAUAUGGCCCCAGAUGCUACUUCAGCUGACAAGAGGCUAGCUGUGCUCUGCCUACGAUGCCAGUCUCUCCUCUACCUGCGGUUAUUCAAGCUGAGGAAAGACAGUGCACUAAAAUACUCCAAAACACUCACCGAACACUUAAAGAAUUCUCUGAGUAACACCCAGGCUCCCUCUCCUGGAAUGGGAAACAAGGCAGCAGGUAUGCCCUCUCCAGUGUCUCCCAAACUGUCACCUGGCACGGCCGGUGGCUACUCGUCAGUCAGCAGCAGCAGCAGCACCAGCUCGUCUGUGACCAUACCUCAGCGUAUCCACCAGAUGGCUGCCAGCUACGUCCAGGUCACCUCCAACUUCCUGUACGCCACCGAGGUCUGGGACCAGGCUGAGCAACUGUCCAAGGAGCAGAAAGAGUUCUUCUUGGAGUUGGACAAGGUGAUGGGUCCUCUGAUCUUCAACACCAGCAGCAUGACAGAACUGGUGCGUUACACACGCCAGGGCCUCCACUGGCUGCGCCUGGACGCAAAGCUUAUUCCCUAGCGAGGAAUCGCUGCCUGCGCACUGCUUCCACUCUCACACACCCACCCCUGCCCCCCUCCCACAAACACAGCCACACCUCAGCCUCUUGUGUUCAGCAACAUGUGCUCAAAGACACAAGUAUGCCCUCACAGACAGACAGACACACAAUUAUGUACUGUAUGCACACACAGUCCACCUCUGGUCCUCCAUGUACACACAGACACACACACACGAUGAACUUCUCAGACAUAUUUUCAACACUGUGUCCAUUUCCUACACCAGCUUGCCAAAAACACUGAGCAAUUUAGAGCAUCUCACAACGUCGACAGCACCACACAGGGAGAAGCAUCAGAACUGCAGCACAGGAACAAAAAAAAGCUUAUUGCCGCGCGUCAUAUAUCGGCAUUCUUACAAAAUCUUUGAAGGCCAUGUUUCUAUCUAUUUGGCAUGGAAGUGCUGGGUGAAUUAUUUGAUGAAUACACUUAAAAAUGCGUUUUUUUGUUGGUUUUUUUUAGGCUACUUUGGCUUUUAACUUUUUCUUUUACUUUGUUUCACCAAAGUACCUCCCAUAAACACCAAAGGUGCUUUAAAACGAAGGUUUCUCUUUAUCAUUUGUGUGCCUUGUAUGUGAGCUACAGGAAAACAAACACAUCAUAUCUGAAUAAUUGUUUUAUUUUCCCUGUAUUUUUUUUUCUGUCGCUGAAACUCAUCUAAUGCAUUUUUAAACAUUUAGCAGUUAAUGGAAUCUGGACAACAAUUGUUUUUUUAUUUCAGUUUUAAGUCAGGUCCUGUCUAAGCAUUUGACAAUUUAGACAUUAGAUGAGCAAGAUGAGCUGCUAUGUUACGCCAUCUUGAUUUUGAUCUUUCCUUCAAUGUCUAUUCGCGAAAGGUUAAUCGUGGAGCAUGCCCACAUGAUUUAAAGACUGUAGGAAGGGCUACUGUGCACAGCAGAUUAAUACUUCUGACACACACACAUUUCCAGAGGCAUGAGCUUCUUUCAGUCCUGCUAGAAAAUCAAAUUUUGGUGAGUUUGUUCAAACCACUCUGGUCCGGUUUGAUGCAAGGAGCAGCAUAGUCUCUAGGGGCUGCUAGAGAAGGGAUUUUAAUCUCUUGGACUUAAUAAUAAAAUUGAUCAUAUUAACGUUCUCUCUAAGAGAUUUGCUGUCUUUGAAGCUCCAGAGUACAAGUCUCUUCCUAUGAAAUGUUUUUACACAUUGUUUGCUGAGAAGUUUUCUCUAGGAUGAGUCACUUCCAGACAGUGUUAUUCUUUUUUUGAUCCCCUUGUUUGCUGAGAGUGUAUUUUUCUAUGGAUCAGCAGGGAGUGUCUUAAGUAUUGAAGUCGUCUCCUCGUAUACAAUGCAGUUAUUCACAUUGCAGUUUAUAAAAGCUGGGCCUGAGUGACCACUAAUUUGGCACAACAAAAGCAAAUUUGUCUGAAAGGAAAGUUCUUUAGAGAGUUAGUCAUCAAUGAUGCAGAUUAGCAGUGUUGCAUUUAUAGAACAGAGUUUAAAUCUAUGAUUAUAUAUUUCAAAAAAAGAAGUAUAACGGCCAAUAAAGAUUUUAUUUAUAUACCAAGCUCUUUUUUUUUUUUUCCUCCUUUUUUGGCCAAGAAGUAUAACUUUUCAAAUGCAUACUUGUAAAACAGGGUUGAACAAGGGUUAUAAGAUGCAAAGUAUUUGUAUAUCUAACUGUUCCUAUUUAAAUUUUAAAAUCUUAAUCAUUCUUACAUUACACGACGUAGCUAAGAUAUGUGUUAGCCACGUGUUGUUAAUGUGGUACAGGAGGCGGGGUAAAGACGACAGAGUAACGGCAUGUGCCAGCUGUCCAGAUAUGAACAUUUCUGUUGGAUAUUUAAUAUUACUGGUUGUCAUGAAGGGAAAUGUGGAUGGCCGUGGUUUUGAAUGAAGAUGUUAACAUUUCACCCAAGAUUUCAGUUGACAUUUGGGUGUUAAUCUUCAGUGUCAUGAAGGACUAUGCUUUUUUUGUCUGCAUUUUUAUUUUAUUUUUUUUAGCACACUUCCCACUAAAACAUGCUGGAAAUAUUUAAAACCUGGGCCAAAUAGCAUUCAUGGAAACUUUUUAUUGGUUGAUUUUUGUUUUAAUUUAUGGCCAAUGAGUUUGCUAAAGCGUAGAAGUACCAGAAAAUUCAUGACUUUUGGUAGUCUGUAACUUUCUGGCACUUUUCUACUAUUUUCAAAUAGAAGUUUGGUGUAUUGUCCAUCUUAAACUUUUUUUAAUCUCAAGACAAAUCUUAAGAAUUACUAUUUGGCCCAUGUUUGACCUUUUUGUGUGUUUUCUGUAUUUUAUUUUUUUCCUUCACUGGCUCCCUGGCCUUUAUUGUAGGAGGGGAUACUGUUAUUUCCUCUUGCACUUGAAAAAAGAGAAAGUCAGCGGAGGUAUUAUUUUAAUCUAUGCAGGAUUUUUACAAAAAAGAUCUGAUUUUUAGGCUUGGGACCCCCCCCCCCUCCCCCGCCUCAGUGAGAAACCUGUUUAACUCAAGUGUCCAAUGCCUUUAGCUUUUGCAAUUUUGUGUACUGGUUUAGUAUAUAUGUAUAUAUAGAUCUGUUUUUUAUAACCAAACACAGAUGGCUUGAGCCAUUUUGUACUUAAAGCUGGAGGCCACUUUUCUCAUAGGAAUUCCUCUGUGGGUUUUGCCAGCCCAGUCAAUGUCUUCAUACACUGGUACACUUUGUAAGUACAGGUCCGCGCCUGGUGUUCCCUACACUAUAUUGUAGUCAAAUGUACAAAAUUUAGCAUUAGAUUGAUUUUUAACAGUUUGCUACUCUCACUUAUUUAUUUUUCUGCCCCUUUGCUUAAUGUUUUUUUCUAUUUUGCCAUUUUAAGGAGUACCAAUUUAUGAAAUAGCAAGAUGUAAAUGUAUCGGGUUGUUCAUGAGAUUUCAUUGUAAGUAGUAUUAAUAUUAAUUCUAACUUGAACGAAUCCAGGGUAAGAUGAGGUUUUUUUUGUUUUUUGACUUUCAGUAGGAAGAUGUUAACACUUGCAUGUUUCUAUUUAAAUACAAAUGUAUAAAUUGUAAAUAUAACAUUUCUUUAAGGGUGAAUUUCUACUACAGGUUGACAUUUUUAUUGAAAUUUAAAAAUGCUGUAAAUACAAUUGUGAGAUACUUUAUGCACAUUUUUUCCCCCCCUUCUCUGUGGGCUGUUGUAUUCUCUUCUUUUAAGCUGUUACAGAUGACAUCCCAGUCUCUGAACACUGUAUAUCAAAUUGAUUUCUCAGUCCUUUUUCUUACCGUGCUCGUAUUUUUUGUGUCCUGCUUCACUGUCUCUCAGUAUCAUGGUCGCCACAUAAUCAUUAAUGUCUCUAGAUCCAAGUGCGAAUAUUUUGUCUUCUCUGUAUUUGAUAUGGAGGCGUGUACUUUUCAUGAUAUUAUAUUGUUGAUCUUAUGAGAUGGAUGGAUGGUGUGUACAGCCUGUUAUGUAAAACCAUGUCUGUCUCGUCUUCAUGGGAGAGAUGUAUUUACUACUUGUUCCUUUUGAACAAUUGGUCCAACAUGUCUUUUGAAACAGAGGUAUUUCUCUACAGGUCAAACCAGUUGUAGCAGUUUAUACAGUAUGUUGUAUAACACCUUUUUUCUAAAAGUCGUCUCUAAAGUGAGACCAGCAGCAUACACUAUGUACAAUAGUCAAAAUUGGAUUAGUUUUAAGAGAACUGAUGAUAGAGAUACUAUAUAUGAUGGAUGCAAUAUGAUUAAAGGUACUCCAUUGAGUUUGAUCUUCAAACUUAGGUUAUGUAAUUUAAAAGCAUUCUUGUGAAGUGAGUAUUAAUUGUGACUAAUGAGAGUCUGUCCUGAAUAUUCUUUGUAUUUUGCCGUAAUGAGAAUAAAAUAUAUAUGGAUAUGGUUAA